AUGGCGCAAUACUUCUUCGACCUUCUGUACAGCUUCACGGAUUGCAUGUGUUGCUUUCCUAGCACGCCGCAAUUGAAGAUCAACAGUCGCGGCUUCAAAUUGCUCCGCCUUCUAGACAAAGCGACCUCUGAAUUGUUCGCGCUCAAGAAAAUCCGAUGCCCCUUUGGCCAAGAAUCGGUCUCCCAGGCAUUGAAGGAGGUAGAGGCCUACAAUUUGUUCACAUCGCACAACAACAUCAUUCAUUCCAUCGAUCACUGUGUUUCGACUGAACCCGGCUCCAAGUUCCGGUCCGACGGCGGCGAACCCGGCUCCAAGACUGUUUACAUCCUAUUACCUUAUUACCAACGCGGAAACCUUCAAGAUGCGAUCAACGCCAAUCUCGUCAAUCACUCCCGUUUCCCGGAGAAGAGGCUGAUGGAGUUGGUGCUGGGAGUCGCCCAGGCAUUGCGCGCCAUGCACCAGUAUCGUGUCAAGAGCGGCUCGGGGCCGACCCGCAAAGCCAAGGCUGUCAGGAGGGAGGGGGCCGAGGCAGACGCAGACACCGCUGUUCGCAAGGCAAAGGCCAAGCGACGAGCCAGCCAAAACGCAGAGGACGAUGAGGAGGAGAAUGAGCCUUUGAUGGACGACGAAGUGACCAUCAGUCAGGAGGGAGUGCAGGACGGUGACCUCCGUCCGUACGCUCACCGAGAUAUCAAGCCGGGGAACAUCAUGAUCGCCGAUGACGGUCGUACGCCCAUUCUGAUGGAUCUUGGGUCGCUGGCACCUAGUCCGAUCGCUAUUACCUCUCGCUCGCUCGCUCUAGCGGUCCAGGAUACUGCGGCGGAGCACAGCACAAUGCCAUACCGGGCGCCCGAGCUGUUCGAUGUCAAGACGGGCUCGAUUAUCGAUACCAAAGUGGAUAUCUGGUCUCUUGGGUGCACCCUGUAUGCCUGCCUAGUGGGCAAGAGUCCCUUCGAAGCUCGAAGCGAAGAGACUGGCGGCAGUCUGAGUAUGUGUGUACUAGGUGGAGACUGGCGUUUCCCGGACGAGAAGUCGAGCGCGACUAAAGGGAAAGGAAAAGCUGGUGACAACAACAACCGUGACAAUGCCAUGGCAAUCAGUGAGCCUGUGAAAGAAGUUGUCCGCAAGUGUCUACAAGUCGAGCCCGCAGAUCGGCCAGACAUUGAUGAAUUGAUUCAGAGUAUACAAGACGUCAUCAAGGAGCUACCAGAUGAUGAUGAGUUAACAAACGCCAUCCCCGGCACAGUGACCCUUGUAGAUCUGCAACAUGUUCUGGCGACCCGCCACCUAGACAAGGGCGACAGCGACAUCGUUCUCAUCCCAGAACCCUCGGACGAUCCCAAUGAUCCGUUGAACUGGGCGCCGCGCCGGAAACUGCUUUCGACGGUUUGUCUGUCGGAUGCCACUGGCGUCUCUGUUUCGACCCUGAACGAGGGCACGGGGUAUAUGUUUUUGUUCGCGGGCUGGGGACUUCUGUUUUGGCAGCCAUUGGCUUUGCAGUAUGGCAAACGCUUGACAUAUAUUUUGUCACUGGUUGGGAUUUUGACCAGCCCUUACAUCCACACCAACGGCCAGUGGAUCGCGCGGAGCAUCAUAUCAGGGUUCUUUACGGCACCGAUUGAAGCCCUGCCGGAGGUCACUGUCACAGACGUGUACUUCACCCACGAACGGGGCACCUACAUGGCCCUCUAUGCAUUCUUCCUGGCCGGGAGCAACUACUUCGCCCCGGUGAUCUGCGGCUUCAUCGCGGAAUACCAAGGCUGGCAGUGGGUGUUCUACUGGCCCAGCAUCUUCUGCGGCUGUGCCAUUGUAUUUCUCUUCUUCUUCAUGGAGGAGACGAACUACGUGCGCCAGCAUCGAACCGCGCCGGAUCCGCAAUUGACGUCUUCCACGAGGACGUCGGAACAGCACGAGAAGGAGAAGACUCCCUCCGGACUGGUUCAGCAGGCGGACACGGAGUGUGGCGUCAUGUACAAGCAGAAGAGCUAUGCCCAAAAGCUCUCGCUGCUGGGUCCGCGACUGCCCCGAAACAACAUGUUCCGACGGCUUUGGCAGACGAUAUACUAUCUGAGCUGGCCGGUGAUCUUCUACGCAGGCUCGCUCCUGACCGGCCGGUUCAGCGACUGGCUCACCAUCCGCCUGGCGCGGCGCAACAACGGGGUCAUGGAGGCGGAGCAGCGGCUGUGGCCGUUUGCCCUCUGCCUGAUCCUCGUUCCGGGGUCGCUGCUGCUCUGGGGGGUGGGCGCCGCGCACCAGGUGCACUGGUUCGGGCUGAUCGUGGCGAUGUGUCUGCUGGCGAUGGCCAACACGUGCGGGAUCACGCUGAGCGUGAACUACCUGGUGGACAGCUACCGCGAGCUGAGCGGCGAUGCGAUGGCGACGGUGAUUCUGGUGCGGAACACGAUGUCCUUUGCCAUUGGAUACGGGAUCACCCCGUGGGUCGACAACCUCGGCUACCAGAACUGCUUCAUCUCGGCGGCGUUUGUGGGCCUGGCCUGCGCGGCCGUGUUCCUGGUGAUGAUCAAAUGGGGCAAGGGAUUCCGGGAGCGCAGCCGCGAGAAGUACUGGGCGAUCGUGGUGGAGAACCAAGAGAAGGGGAUGGGACAUUGA